AUGCAGUCCUAUUGCAGUUCCGGCAAGGAUCACGAUCCUAAUGAGUUUUCUUUUGAUGAUACUGACGGCGUGGCAAUGAUGGACUAUAUGAACGAUGAUGAACAGACGGGCGAAGAUGAUCUUGAGGACGAAGCUAAUGGGACAGGAGAGUCGAGUGGCGGUGGGUGGGUAAGGCGGCGGCGCCCUCACUAUGCUGGGCGUCAACAACAGCGAGGACACUCUAAUGCUCGUUAUCACCAUGGCUCAGUAAUGGCGGCUGAUGGUGAUGAAGAUAGUUUGCAGGGUGCCGAAUGGUCAGAUCAGGUAGAUUAUAAUAGAAUGUCUAUUUUACUACUAAUUUUGCUGAAUAUUUCCUUUUACCUAUAA